ACGGCCCCACCGCCAGCGCUGGAAUUGAUGAUGAAAUCGAACCUGCCGUCCACUGCUGCUUUGGAGGGGCCCGGACCUGCACUGCUAAACUCCGACGUCAGGAAGAGCACCGACUGGAUCUCGAUUCUCCUCCCCCCACGACGUCUCUUUUGUCCAUGGCUGCUAUCGCGUGGGAUCAGAGCUCCUACCUGACAUAGCUGCAGCUCACACCUCACAGACCGGCACCAUGUCGUACAUCGCGCCCAUCCAUAGGCCAAGCAGCAUACGCCAGGCCAUCAGAAUAUGCCUGUCCGAGGAAGAUGAGAGCGAGAGCUUGGUGGUAGCGCGAUCAAAUAGACUCGAAGUAUGGCGCAUCACGCCCACCGAUAUGUACUUGCUCGGCUCGGCCGCAGUCUACGGCACCAUUCUCCUUCUCCAGCGACUGCGACCCAGGGACAGCAAAGCUGAUCUGCUUUUUGUCGGUACCGAUCGAUUCCAAUACUUCACGGCGAGAUGGGACCCUGCCACACAAAGGCUCCACACGGAGCAGGUCGUCGAGGAUACUGCCGAGCCUCACAUGCGCGAAGCCCAGAGCCAGGACAAGUGCCUAGUCGACCCGACAGGAAGGUUCAUGGCUAUGCACUUAUGGGAGGGUGUUAUGAACGUCAUGCGCUUGGGAACUAGAAAAGGACAGCUCGCUCGCCUUGACGAUGCAUGGGAACAAGUCCGCCUCUCCGAGCUCUUCAUGAAGGCGAGCAUCUUUGUGCCCACCGAGACUGGCCAUCCCACCGUCGCCUUCUUGUACCAAUCCAAGAUCGACAAGGAGGACGCACGACUCGCCAUAUACAGACUGAUGACGGACGACAAGAACACAGCCGUUUCGAGGUUCGAUCCAGAACGCAAUAGAGAUCUCGAUGUUGAGAUCAAGGACCCUUAUGCCCGCAUCCUCAUCCCUGUGAACAUCAUUGAGGAUGAAGUAAAGCGAUACCAUAAAAGAGACACAUCAGCGGCCAAGGCACAACUCGGUGGCUUGAUUGUUGUUGGUGAAACUCUGUUGGUUUACGUCGAUACCUUGACACAGUCUGUCGUGGAAAGCACAAUGGCUAGUCCCGCCAUAUUUGUGGCAUGGGCUGCCUAUGAUGACACGAAUUUUUUCCUUUCUGACGACUAUGGCAACCUCCAUCUUCUGACGAUCGAGACAGAGGGUGUUGUUGUUCUCGGAAUGACUGUUAGAACUCUCGGUGUAACGUCUCGUGCAUCAUGUCUCGUCUACAUGGGAGAUGGCAUGCUUUUCCUGGGCUCUCACUACGGUGACUCGCAACUACUGCAAGUGGAUCUCGAGGAACUGUCGACAAAGCUCGUGCAGACAAUUCCCAACAUUGCACCUAUUCUCGACUUCGCCAUCAUGGAUUUGGGAAACGCUGGAGACAGCCAGAUUGGCAACGCUUUCUCGUCAGGCCAAGCGCGCAUCGUCGCCGGAUGUGGUGUCCAUCAAAACGGUAGCUUACGGAGCAUCCGAAGCAGUGUUGGGCUAGAAGACAUUGGAGUUCUAGAGGACUUGCAGGACGCCCGCGGUCUUUUCAGUCUUCGGUCGCACGGUUCAGAGAAACUCAACACCCUCGUGGUUUCUUUCAUGACAGAAACCAGAGUUUUCAGCUUUGAUGCUGAGGGUGGCAUUGAAGAAGUGUUUGGGUUUCAGGGGCUCACCUUGGAUCAGCCCACUUUGAUCGCAAAAACACUGCCCAGUGGUCAAUUACUACAAGUCACUGCAGCAAGCGUGACACUGCUCGAUCUUGAGAGCGGCGUUACUCUGAACACUUGGUCAGUACCAGAUGGCAAGACCAUUGUCAACGCGUCCGCCAACAGUAAUUGGGUGUUACUGUCUAUCAACGGUACCUCUCUGGUAUCAUUGAACCUGGUGGAUAACCUGGCAGCCCAAGAACAAGUCUUAGGUCGUGGCGUUGGGGGUGCGGAGGACCAGAUUUCUUGCGUUCACGCAGCCAGCGAUCUUGACCACAUUGGCGUGGUAGGCUUCUGGGCAACGGGUUCAGUGUCCAUAAUUGACCUCCGCACACUGAAUGCCCUACAGGGGGAAACCAUUAAGCAAACCGAUGACAGUGUCUCUGUUCCCAGAGACAUGGUUCUAGUGCAACUACACCCGCCACAUCUGCUCGGCCCCACACUGUUCGUCGCUAUGGAGGAUGGCCAGGUUGUGUCGUUCAAUGUGUCGAAAGAGGACUUCUCCUUAUCGAGCCGUAAAAGCGUUACUCUUGGCAGCAAACAAGCUGGGCUACACAUUCUUCCAAGACCGGGCGAUGAAGGCAUCAACAAUGUGUUUGCUACUACCGAGCACUCUAGUCUGAUUUACAGCUCAGAAGGGAGAAUCAUCUACUCUGCGGCAACUGCAGAAGAUGUUACCUAUAUCGCGCCUUUCGACUCAGAAGCCUUCCCAGAUGCCAUCUUCCUCGCCACGGAUCGUAAUGUUCGGAUUGCCCACAUCGAUGCCGAAAGGAGAACACAUGUCAACCCACUUCCUCUACGCGAGACGGUUCGAAGGGUAGCCUACUCGCCAGCACUCCGUGCCUUUGGUAUAGGUACUAUCCGCAGAGAACUCAUCAACAAUGAAGAGGCAGUAUCAAGCUCGUUCCAACUCAUUGACGAGGUGGUCCUUGGCGUGGUUGGUAAGGCAUUCCACCUUGAUGGCUCCACGUCGACCGAGAUGGUCGAAAGCGUCAUCAGAGCAGAGCUGCCCGACAGCAUGGGGCAAUCUGCCGAACGCUUCAUCAUCGGAACAAGUUAUUUGGCAGACCCAGAGAUUGAUGAGAACAGCGAUGUCAAGGGCCGGAUUCUGGUCUUGGGCGUUGACUCUGACAAAAACCCCUACUUGAUUGUCAGUCACGAGCUCAAGGGAGCGUGUCGCAGUCUUGGUGUAAUGGGCGAAAAGAUUGUUGCUGGGCUGAGCAAGACAGUAGUGGUCUACGACUAUGCCGAAGAGUCGACCACAUCUGGAGCACUUCGCAAGCUGGCUACUUUCCGCCCUUCAACAUUCCCCGUCGACAUUGAUGUCAAUGGAAACAUGAUUGGCAUCGCUGAUCUCAUGCAGUCGAUGACCUUGAUCGAGUUCAUCCCGCCACAAGACGGGAACAAAGCAAAGCUUGUAGAGCGCGCCCGUCACUUCCAGUACAUUUGGGCCACAUCAGUAUGUCACUUGGAGGGGCAUUCGUGGUUGGAGUCCGAUGCGCAGGGCAACCUCAUGGUGCUACGGAGGAAUCCGGAUGCGCCAACAGAGCACGACCAGAAGCAGAUGGAAGUCAUUAGUGAGUUCCACCUCGGGGAGCAAGUGAAUAAGAUCCGAUCACUCGAUGUUGUUCCGAACGAGAACGACCCGAUCGUACCAAAGGCGUUCCUCGCAACAGUUGAAGGAUCGGUGUAUGUUUUUGCAGAUAUCAGGCCAGAGCAUCAGAGUCUAUUGCUGCAAUUUCAGGAAAACUUGGCCGGAGUGGUGAAGACACUGGGUCAAGCAGAUGAUGCUGCAGGCACCGGGCUCUCAUUCAUGUCGUGGCGAGGUUUCCGGAACGCCAAGCGCGCGGCAGAUGCACCCUUCCGCUUUGUCGACGGGGAGCUGAUUGAGCGUUUCUUGGACUUGGAUGAGGCUAAACAAGAGGCCGUCGUCGCGGGACUUGGGCCUACGGUAGAGAAUAUGCGCAACCUGGUGGAGGAGCUAAAGCGCAUGCAUUAAAGCACCAUAGGAUGAUGUAGGAUAUUCAGACACGGGGAGUUGGGCGAAUGGGCUUGAAAUGAAUGACAACCCACGGCUAUGAUUAACUACAGUGGAAAAUAAAUCACUGUUUGAUAAUGGCAAAGAAUCUUUUAGUUUUCCCAUGAAUUGAUGUCGUCGACGAUUUGUACAGAAAAGCCCUCUGUCUGGGGAUGAGCCAGAUGGCAAUUUGUCUC